AUGAGUAUUAUAAAUAUAUUAUUUUUCAAUAACCUAGGGGAGAGCAUUUUAACGUUCUUCAAUCCAAGUUUAAAAUAUGCAAGAAGUAUAACCAAGAAUUGGUUGUUGAUGAAUCCUACUCCUUUCUUUAUAGUAUUAUUAUCAUAUUCUUUAUUUGUAUUUAUAUCAUAUAUAUAUUAUCUUAGAUAUGGAAGAGGUACAAACGAUAAAACUCUUGCAGCCAAAAUUGCUCCAUCCAUAACAAGAGGCCCUAAAACAACACGACUAGAACAAAUGGUUGAAAAAUUAACACCCUACUAUAAUCUAUUACAAGUUUUAUUCAGCUUAAUUAUCACAUUGUUAACAAUUUACGAAGCAAAGAAUAGACGCUUUUCUUUAUUUUACAAUUCUGUUGAUUUUUCAAAAAAAAAUAUUGCCUUAUGUUGCUGGCUCUUUUACUUGAACAAAAUAGUAGAUUUUGUUGACACAAUUUUAAUUGUAUUAAGAAAAAAAUGGAACCAAUUUACUUUCCUACAUGUAUAUCAUCAUUUCUCAGUUUUUCUAAUCAUGUGGAUAAAUACAAGUGUAGGAUAUGAUGGAGAUAUUUACUAUAUCAUUGUAGUGAACUCAUUUGUGCAUUUUAUUAUGUACCUUUACUACUACCUUGCAAGCGUAAAAUUCAAAGUACCCAUUUUUGCAAAGGCAUGCGUAACGUAUCUUCAAAUGUUACAGUUCCUUUCCAUCAUCCUCCCAGGAUUUUAUGUCUUGUUCGUAAGACACUACUGCCCUUACCCCAGAAGACUAGUAGGCCUCAGUUUUUGCUACUGCAUAACCUUAUUAGUUUUGUUCACAAAUUUUGCUCUUCAUACAUAUAUUAAACCAAAAAAAAAGACAUCUUAA